AUGGUUAAUCAGCUUCUGCUUAAUGAUGGAACCACCUGGAAUUCUGACCUUAUCACUCAGCUUUUUGACAGAGAAGUGGUUGAGGCCAUUCUGCAGAUUAGAACUCUGAAUCCAAAUGUGGAUGAUUGUUGGAUGUGGGCUGGUAACAAGAAAGGGCUGUUCUCAGUGUCUUCUACUUACACCAACUUGAUUCAAGGCAAGCUCAACCAAAUGGACCAACCAGAGGGCAACAACUCAAGAGCUAAAGCUUGUAUGGCGGACCACCACGUGGGCCACGACCACCUAGACGGACGAGAUUCUGAUUGUGGAGGCCUCGCAGUUGGCUUUCUCCCGGAGACCGACCACGCCACGUUUAGAGAAUCAAAAAAUCCUUUUGCGGAAGAAGCUCGGGUGGUUUGGGACUUUCGUCAAGCAUGUGGAGUGCGUCGGGGAUGUUGA